AUGACGUCUUUACCAAAGAAUAUUUCCAGGGAGGUCAAGGACUUUAUUGUAAUGACUACGGCUGUGCAGUACCUGUUCUCUCACACUUUGGAGGGCAGUCCUCAACUCACCAAGCUUAUUUUCCUGGAUAAUCAACUGAAAAGUAUUCACUGUCGGGCAUUCGAACAUCUGACUGAGCUUCAGGAACUGGAGAUCAGCGGGAACCCCUUGGAUCAUUUAUUUCUAGGAACUUUUUCAAAGCAAGGAAAUUUGACUAAACUGCUGCUCAACUUCAACAGGUUCCAGACGGUGCUUCCUGGUAUGUUUGACUCCUUGAAACAGCUAGAAACUCUGCAAAUGAAGGGCAACGUCAUAUCAGAUCUACCUGGGUUUCUUUUCCUGAACCUUCAAAAGCUGCGUGUCCUGGAUUUGUCCCAAAAUAAGCUUGAGGGAGUAAAAAAAGAAACUUUUUGUGGUCUGGAAAAGUUAGAGAUCUUGAAAAUGAACAACAACCUCCUCAGCAAUUUUACAUCUGACACAUUCCACAAUGUUUCUCAGCUGACAGAGCUUCAUCUGGAAGGGAACAUGAUAACAAAACUUGAUGAUGGCAUCUUUGCUGUGUUAACUGAAUUGCAGGUGCUGAAUCUCCGUGGGAACCUUCUUACAACCUUUAGCGAUAAAGUGUUUGGAUUUGAGGGCUCAAAUUUGUCGGAACUGAACCUAAAAGGCAACAGACUAACUGAGCUGUCCUCUCUAAGCAGUCUGACUUUACUUACCAACCUCAUCCUGUCCUCUAACCAGCUCUCCAACCUUACUGGAGACAUUUUUAGAAAUGUUACAGCACUGAUGAUCCUGGACCUGUCUGAAAACCAGAUCACUUCACUGCCCGAAACAAUCUUUAAUGAUCUGUCUGAGAUUAGGACAAUCUACCUGCAAAAGAACAAUCUCAGCACUUUGGAUGCCAAACUGUUCAAGAGCCAGGAAUUCAUUCAGCAGCUCUACCUGUCUGACAACCAACUGGAGAGUCUCCCAGAGGACCUUUUCGACCAUUUUAUCCUGCAGUACACCGUGAGGCUGCAUGGAAACCCUUGGAAAUGUGACUGCCACAUAUGGUACCUGCAUGACUGGGUGUUGGAAAACAGCAAAACCAUGGAGAUGCUGGACAGGGUGGUAUGUGAGAGCCCAAACUUUUUGAAAAAACGGGCAGUCAUGUCCAUCAACAAGGAUCAGCUGGUCUGUCAUUUGUCCAGAGAUGAGAUGCCAGAUCUCAGCACCUGUAGCCUACAAGCAUCAAAUGGCAUCAUGAUCAUAAAGUGUAAAGUAGAUAUAUGUUCUCCACUGACAGUGAAGGUACAGUUUCAGAAGGAAGAUGGCAACAUUAAGGAACAUAUUGUGAAAAAUGAGCAUGAACCCUCACAAUGUAGCAACGAGACACUGAUCGAGAGCCCCAUUCAGUAG